UUCUGUCCCCGCUGUGCCACUCCUGUCCACCUCCGAGGCACAGGUGGAACAGCCAUGUCCACUGGCUCCGCAGCAAGUGAUGCUGAGGACGACGAGACGUGUCACAGAAGGACUACCUCCCCUUUGCAGAGCACUGCUCGGAAAAUUACCUGCUACAAUCCCAGCCGGUAUUCGGACGAGGACCUGGAGGAUGACGGUGCGGAGGGGAGGAACAAGCAGGAGCGCAGACUCUCCAAGGCGCACCAGAGGGAAGCGCGGCAGUCGCAGAGGAACGCGGCCAACGCCAGGGAGAGGGCGAGGAUGAGAGUGCUGAGCAAAGCUUUCUCUAGACUAAAAACCAGCCUGCCCUGGGUUCCAGCGGACACCAAACUGUCCAAAUUGGACACGCUUCGCCUCGCCUCCAGCUACAUUUCCCACCUUAGACAGCUCCUGCAGGAUGAUCGAUUCGAGAGCAGCUUUGCGCACCCAGUCAAUCUGACGUGGCCAUUUAUGAUGACAGGACGAUCAGAGGACGACAUCUCAUCCACUGUAAGACUUUGUGGAGCAACAGCAUAGGCCACCUCUUCACAGGGACACCAGCUCUACAACUAGAAGACAACUAAUGGCACUGAAAUCCUCCUCUCCAAUGUUUUUGAACAACUGUCUCCAUCAGUGUGACCCCGAUCUCCCCCUUUGUGUCCUAAACAAAUGACUUUGGACUCAAAACUAUAUUGUUUUGUUGUGUGCAUGUUUGCUGAAAUCAGUAUUAUGUUGCAUUUACACUGAGUGUAACGUCUUCAUUUAUGUUUGAUUUUAAAACUCCACAUUUGGGUUUUGUGAACUUCAGUGUUAAAUCAGUUUAUGCACAGAUUCUUGGUUGAUUUGAUUCAUGAGUAAGAUGCCUUUUUUUGAUACAUAA